UUGUGGUGGUUGUGGUGGUGGUGGUUGUGGUGGUUGUGGUGGUGGUGGGUGGUGGUGGGUGUUGGUGGUUAGUGGUAGUGGGUGGUGGUGGUGGUGAUCUCGCGGUUAAUUGGCCACGGGUCGUCGCGGGCUUCAGUUAGUAGUGGCCUGUGUGUGUGUGUGUACCUGUGUGUGUGUACGUGUGGGUGUACCUGUUUGUGUACGUGUGUGUACCUGUGUGUGUGUACCUGUGUGUGUGUGUACCUGUGGGUGUGUGUACCUGUGUGUGUACCUGUGUGUGUACCUGUGUGUGUGUACCUGUGUGUGUGUACCUGUGUGUACGUGUGUGUGUACCUGUGUGUGUAACCUGUGUGUGUACCUGUGUGUGUGUACCUGUGUGUGUGUACCUGUGUGUGUGUACCUGUGUGUGUACGUGUGGGUGUGUACCUGUGUGUGUACCUGUGUGUGUGUGUACCUAUGUGUGUGUACCUGUGUUUAAUUCGUGGUUUAGUGGUAAUGAAUUGAAGGUGGAGGGGUUACCAGCCCCUCACACCCGUCCAGAGCCCCCGUUUAGCCACUGUGGUGGUCACAGACGCCAUGAGGGGAGAGGCCAAUGGGCAUUGGCCCUCCCCCCACAUCACUGCCCACGACAGUGUUGCCCGUCCGGCACCGCGAGGAGGUUGGCCUGCCUACGAUCCAUCCUGGGUUUAACCAGGCUGGAUUGUGUGAGGAGCUCACAAAUCCUUGAAAGAUCUGGGCAAGGUCCCAUCAGUGAGCUCCUCCGGCAGGCAAGGCUGCGUUGGCUGGGUCAUGUAGCCCGCAUGCCCAGCCACCGCAUGCCUCAACAGCUUCUGUUCGGCCGGAUCGAGGGGGCUAAACGGGCGCGGCACGGGCUAGAGAAGAGAUGGAGUGAUGUGGUACAGGAGGACGUGGAGCUGAGUGGACUUGCCGAUGACUGGUACCAGCGGUGUCAAGAUCGGCCUCAGUGGAGGAGGCUCGUGAAGGACGCUACUGGGCAGUUGGAGGCAGUCGCCCUCCAACAACAACGGAGGGCGGAGGAGCGACGCUCACAACAACGAGCGGAGCGCCGGGUGGCUAAAGCACAGCAAGUUGGCACAGUAGGGGGCACAGGUGGUGCAUCAGCCAGUCAUCUCGGUCAUCUCGGUCAGUCGACCAGUGGCACCUGGGUCUGCCCCGUGACCUCCUGCCAGCGGGCUUUCGACACUUCACGUGGCCUCAAGCACUGGGAAGGCGAGUUUAUUAUCAUCAGCAGCAGCAUGAAGUUCACGAUCACCAUUGUUCGACAUGGCGAGACCACGUACAACAGGAAGCGUCUCAUCCAAGGCCAGGGCAUCAACAUGCCCCUGUCGGACGUGGGCUUCGAGCAAGCGGCAGCUGUCGGCGCUGCCCUGCAGCACGUUCCCUUCACCUGCGUCUACAGCAGUGACCAGCUGCGGGCGCAGCAGACGGCAGAGGAGAUCCUGAAGCGGAACCAUCACUGCCGGGACCACCCACUGCAGCGUGAGGAGCGCCUGCGCGAGAGGUCCUUCGGAGCGUCGGAGGGCUGCAGCGUGGAUCAGCUCAGAGCCCUGGCCAAGGAAGCCGGGCAGCGGUGUCCCCACUUCACGCCGCCUGGGGGAGAGACCCUGGAGCAGCUCAAGACGCGUCUGGUGGAUUUCUUCCUCGAGCUCUGCUCGCUGAUGGCCUCCCGGCGCGCGGAGACGUGCAACGGCAUCAAGCCCUCGGAUUGCCGGGCAGAAAGCGACCCCGGCGCCGCGGUGGAUCCGGCGGUGGACGUCCUGGUAGUCACCCACGGCGGACUCAUCCGCGAGUGGGUUCGCUACCUCACCGAGGACCUGGGCUGCCCCGUGCCCGCCGAGUGGCGGCAGCGGCUGCUGGUCGUGUCGCCCAACACGGGGGUGUCGCGCUUCCUCGUCUCGCUGCCCGACGGCGCCGGUGCCGACGGCGGCGACGGUGCCGGCUCGCUCCUCCCCACCGCCGUGCAGUGCCUGCAGCUGCACAGCAGUUCCCACCUCUCCCCGGCGAAGGUGCAGCCGCCACCGGCGAUGUAGAAAAAAAAAAGGAUCGAGUUCAACUGCCGGUCAAGCCCGCUUCACACGCUCGCACCACCACCCACCCCCCUCCCCCCGCCCGCAACCUGAGCACUAGC